CUACUACUACACCGCCACAGCCGGCUGUCAGCAGUCGCGCGCCGCUCUCGGGGGAAAGCACUUGUUUUUGAAAAAAGUUGUAAAAAAAUCAACAUCAUGACUCAACAAGGCCCGGCUUUCGACGUCAACGCCAUGACCCUCACAAGAUGGGUCCUGGACCAACAGAGGACGGCCCCGUCAGCCACUGGAGACCUCACACAGCUCCUCAACGCCUUACAGACAGCAGUCAAGGCUAUCCAAUCAGCUGUGAGAAGAGCCGGCAUCGCCAAAUUGCAUGGAAUCUCAGGCGACACCAACGUGCAAGGCGAGCAAGUCAAAAAGCUGGACGUGUUGUCCAACGACUUGUUUAUUAACAUGCUCAAAUCAUCCUUCACCACCUGCCUGCUGGUAUCUGAGGAGAACUCCUCGGUUAUACAGGUGGAAACAGAAAGGCGUGGAAAAUAUGUUGUAUGCUUCGACCCCCUUGAUGGUUCCUCAAAUAUUGACUGUCUUGUUUCUGUGGGCUCCAUUUUUGCAAUUUACAAGAAGCAAACUCCAGGCGAACCAUCAGAAGCUGACGCGUUACGACCUGGCAAAGAGUUAGUAGCUGCCGGCUACGCUCUGUAUGGCUCAGCUACCAUGGUGGUGUUAGCCCUCAAAGGCCGUGGUGUCAACGGAUUCUUGUACGACCCGUCCCUGGGAGAGUUCGUCCUAACUGACCCUAAUAUGAGGAUCCCAGAGAGGGGCAACAUAUUUUCUACUAAUGAAGGCUACGCGGCGGAAUGGCCUGAGGGUCUGAGGCGCUACGUCGCCGACAAGAAGAACCCGAAGACAGGCAAGGCGUACGGCGCGCGGUACGUGGGCUCCAUGGUCGCCGACGUCCACCGCACCAUCAAGUACGGCGGCAUCUUCUUGUACCCCGCCACAAAGUCCGCGCCUAAUGGAAAGCUGCGUCUACUAUACGAGUGCAACCCAAUGUCGUUCAUAGUGAACGAGGCGGGCGGACUCUCCACCGACGGCCGGGGAUCCGUCCUGGAGCUGGUGCCCACCUCCAUCCACCAGAGGGCGCCCUGCUACCUCGGCUCCAAGAAGGAUGUCGAAGAACUGCUCACCUAUCUCAAGUGAUGACGACUUCUGCAGUACACUGUCGGCCAUGAUCAUUACAAAUUAAUAGGCGACCGUACAAGAUAUAUAACAAAGAUACAACACAUUUAUUUGGGCGAUUGGACUUACCAAAACGACCCUCACUAGUCGUACAUUCUUAUCGCGUAAUCGGCGGGACUUUUCCAUAAAUUUUGAUCAAUCAAUUCAGGCUGAAAAAUCGCAAUGUGAGAUGCAUUUUUUAUGUAUUUUAUCGUAUUAUUGCAUUAUUAAUUUCAUAUCUUGUCCGUGCCCGUAUUCAUAAUGAACAUAAUAUAAACUGUAAACGUCGAUUGGCCACGAUCAUGGACGACGUGUAGAACUAUUUGGGAUUCGAUAUAGUAAUAUAGGUGUAGUAUUUUUGCGUUUAUUUAUUCCAUCCAUUAGGAUUCUCAUUCAUGUUAUCAACGCCAUCAAUGAACAUUAAAUGUUAGUUACGAAUGUGGACGAAUCAAUCCUAUAGAGUUAGCGUGGUCUAUGUUUUAGCAAUGUUAAAAGUAUUAGACUGAAUAAAUCGAAUAAAAAUUAUAUUACGCAUGUUUUUAUAACCAUUUAUGAAAGUAACAAUAAAGGCUUUAGUCUAGUCUA